CGCCCGAGGGUCUCACAGCGAAAUACAAAAGCAGCUGAGAAGAGGCGGCGAGACGAGUUCCCAGCGCCGGGCAGAGCGCCGGGCAGAACCCCGCGGCACCCCACGACCGCGAUGGGGCUCAGGCGCCCGCAGCUCCGGAGCCCACCCGCUGCCGGGCCCGCCUCGCCGCCUGGAUCCGGGAGCCGGGGCACGGCUUGAAGCGGCGGCGGCGGCGGCGGCACCGGCAGGAGCAGCAUGGGGAGGAGGAUGCGGGGCGCCGCCGCCACCGCGGGGCUCUGGCUGCUGGCGCUGGGCUCGCUGCUGGCGCUGUGGGGCGGGCUGCCGCCGCCGCCGCCGCGAACCGAGCUGCCAGCCUCCCCGCCGCCCGAACACCGACUCCUCCGGCGUCCGGCCGGGAGUGGCAGCCCCGCACCCGCGCCUCGUUUCCCUCUACCCCCGCCCCUGGCUUGGGACUCCCGCAGCGGCUCCCUGAAAACUUUCCGGGCGCUGCUCACCCUGGCGGUGGGCGCAGACGGCCCGCCCCGGAGCCGCCCCGGAGAGCGCCGGCGGCGGCACGUGCCAGCCGGGCAGCGGGGGCCGGCGGAGCGCGCCACGGUGCACGGCGGCGUCUUCUGGAGCCCCGGCCUGGAGGAGCAGGUGCCCCGGGGCUUUUCCGAAGCCCAAGCGGCGGCGUGGCUGGAGGUGGUGCGCGGGGCCCGGGUGGUGGCCCUGGAUCGCGGGGGCUGCGGGCGCAGUUCGAACCGACUGGCCCGCUUUGCCGACGGCACCCGUGCCUGCGUCCGCUACGGCAUCAACCCGGAGCAGAUCCAGGGCGAGGCCCUGUCCUACUACCUGGCGCGCUUGCUGGGCCUCCAGCGCCACGUGCCGCCGCUGGCGCUGGCCCGGGUGGAGGCUCGAGGCGCGCAGUGGGCGCAGGUGCAGGAGGAGCUGCGCGCCGCGCACUGGACCGAGGGCAGCGUGGUGAGCCUGACGCGCUGGCUGCCCAACCUCACCGACGUGGUGGUGCCGGAGCCCUGGCGCUCCGAGGACGGCCGCCUGCGACCCCUGCGCGACACCGGCGGCGAACUGGCCAACCUCAGCCAGGCAGAGCUGGUGGAUUUGGUCCAAUGGACCGACCUGAUCCUCUUCGACUACCUGACGGCCAACUUCGAUCGACUCGUCAGCAACCUCUUCAGCUUGCAAUGGGACCCGCGCGUGAUGCAGCGCGCCACGAGCAAUCUGCACCGCGGACCGGGCGGGGCGCUGGUGUUUCUAGACAACGAGGCGGGUUUGGUGCACGGUUACCGGGUAGCCGGCAUGUGGGACAAGUAUAACGAGCCGUUGUUGCAGUCGGUGUGCGUGUUCCGCGAACGGACCGCGCGGCGCGUGCUGGAACUGCACCGCGGUCAGGACGCCGCGGCCAGGCUGCUGCGCCUCUACCGGCGCCACGAGCCUCGCUUCCCGGAGCUGGCCGCGCUGGCGGACCCCCACGCUCAGCUCCUGCAGCGCCGCCUCGACUUCCUCGCCAAGCACAUUUUGCACUGCAAAGCCAAGUACGGCCGCCGGCCGGGGACUUAGCUCUUCAUGGAAGACCGGGAGACCCGAGGUUUGAAUUCAAUCGCACUCACUACCCAUGGAUGGGGACGGUAGCGACCCACGCCCGGCCAGUGGCCUGAGCGCCAAGGUGUCUGAAAACUUCUUGUGCUUCACCCACCUGUCCCUUCCUUUUCAUUCCACGCCUUUUCCAAGUUCGGAGAUGGGCGAGAUGCUUCACAUUCCCUUUCACUCUUGUUUAGAAAAGGAUUCUUUUCCGGUGUCCGGUGAAGAUUGGAUCCGAUCAAAAAAAAAGCAACUGGCUGCUGGGGUUGCCCCGCCCCACAACUCUCCCUUCCCCAAAAAGGAAAACUUCCGUGGGAGCCCUUGAGCUAAUUCUGCAGUUUCCUACCAAAUGCAGCGCUGGUGACACCCCCUCCCCACCGCCGUCGCCUCCUCUCCCCUCCCCGAGCAAGGCGGUGACACUGUCUGGUGGAGCCCCCUUCCUGUGUUCUCCCUUUGUUCCAGCGCAGCAAUGGUGAGAUCACUGUUCAUUGCCGGGAUAGGACAAAGAGAGCGAGACCUCCACGCCCUGGGGAGCCCUACAGACCCUGACAAUUUGUCUGACUCAUUCCUGAACUUCUGUCGGUUUUGCCCCCAGGGGGUGUGAAUUCAGGACUGGAUCUAUCUAUGCACUGAGUCACAUAAUGAAUUUCUCCCUGCCCUUCCUCACUGACCAAAAUGUUGACAAGGAUGAUGGUUCACCAGAAGAAGAAGA